UGAAAAUUCUCCGAGCUAUCGCCCUUUAAAUUCUAGCCCUCUUCUCCCAGUUCGUCACAAAGGCUAGACCCUUGAGGCUGAGUUCUCUCAUACUUGCUCAACUAUCCAAAUUGGAUUGCUGGCCCUGCAAGCAUCUGCUGGCCGGCAAUGGGAUGCGGGAGAUGCGAGAAACCGAAGGUAAAUUAUCGGAAGGGGUUGUGGUCGCCUGAGGAGGACCAAAGGCUGAGGGAUUACAUCCUUAAGCAUGGCCAUGGCUGCUGGAGCACAGUUGCUGCCAAAGCUGGCUUACAACGAAAUGGAAAGAGCUGCAGAUUGAGGUGGAUCAACUACCUGAGACCCGGACUAAAACGUGGCAUUUUCUCUGCUGAGGAGGAGGAAGCAGUCAUAAACCUUCACGCCAUGUGGGGCAACAAGUGGUCUCGGAUAGCAAUGCACCUACCGGGAAGGACUGAUAAUGAAGUGAAGAACUACAGGAACUCCUAUCUUAAGAAGAAGGUAGUAAAGUUUGAGGGAUCAAAUUCUUAUGCCUCAGGAACCAAAUCUCAAGAAUCAGGUAACCAAAGUCCAAAAAUGAGCCAAAUUCCUGAAGAAGUGAGUAAACAAAUUCUAGGUUCCAGUUUUCUUGAGCCACUAGAAUCAUCUUCGGUGGACUCACGCCCAUCCGCGCAAUGUAGUAUCGACCAUGAUUCUUGUAGAGGGACACUCCAUCCUCCCUUGCCCAAAGUUUUGUUUGCAGAUUGGUUAUCCAUGGACCAUGCGACCAGCCAGAGCUUACCAAACACAGAUGGUGGAAUGAAUUGCCAAUGGGACUUCAAUCUGAAUGCCGAUGUCUUCCAGUAUGGAUCGUCUCGGGUUGAUGAUCCAUCUAGCAGUGAUUUUCUUCAUGGAUUUGGAGACACAAGCAUCUAUGGGGAGUUUCAGUUACAGUAUGAGCCUGGAGGUCAGAUCCUAGGAGGGGCAUUUUAUGAUGAUUUGCCCAUGGAUGAGACUGGUCGUAGUUUUGACACAAACCAGGAUGUAAUUUAUUGAUUCAUAUAGACAAGAUUAUGAAUGCGGUAGGAACUGCUCUACUUGUGAAUAAACAUGUCAUUGACUUGAAGAGAAGGAUGGGGUUACCCAUCAAUGCAUUUCAUGAGAGAAAAUGUGGCAUUGUCAUUUGAGAAAUCUUUGUGCAGGAAGCAUGGCAAAAAUAUAAUAAAUCAAGAAAAAAGAAGUCCAAAUACUGGAAGAAACAUGGACUAGGGACCAUGUUUGAUUCGAAAUUGAAUGUAGAAGUUUAUCAACUUUUCAGCAUAUCUUUCUUGCCAAAAGCUUCAUCUUCCAUCAGCAUAAAUUCUUCUAUCAUUCGUCA